AUGACGAAGAUCUUCGCCUCGGAGACGCACUACGUGCGCUGCAUCAAGCCGAACGCGGCGAACCGCCCCGAGGAGUUCACCUCGGUCAUGGUGCAUGAGCAACUGCGCUACAGCUCCUUGGUGCCGGGUGGGUCUUCCAGUUUGUUGAAUCAUGAGUUCCAUGUAGUUGCACGUGGAUGA